AAGACAACAACAAAGUAAAGAGAGAAGAAGAAGAACAACAACAAGAGCAGCCAUGGGCAUCUCCUUGCUUCCUGCUGCUGCAAGAAGGCUAGAAGGCAAAGUGGCAGUAAUCACAGGUGCGCCCAGCGGAAUUGGGGAGUCCACAGCAAAACUCUUCUUUAAGCAUGGAGCCAAAGUGAUGCUUGCAGACAUCCUAGACUAUGUCGGUCACUCUCUUUCCCGCCAUCUUUGUUCUUCGUCAUCUUCAUUCAUCCACUGCGACGUAACGAAAGAGAAUAUCAUCGAAAAUACAGUUACCACAGCCAUUUCCAAGUACGGAAAGUUAGACAUCAUGUUGAACAAUGCAGGCAUUUCUGGAACCUCAAAUUCAACAUUCUCGAAAAGAAUUAUAGACUUUCAAAAGGUACCAAGCAUGCAGCAAGGGCAAUGAUUCCAGCUUGUCAAGGUAGCAUAAUCAUGAUGGCAAGUGGUUGCUCGAUCAUUGGUGGGAUUGGGCCAUAUGCGUACACGAGCUCAAAGCAUGGCUUGUUGGGGUUGAUGAAAAAUGCAAUCGGUUGAUUUAGGACAAUAUGGGAUAAGAGUUAAUUGUGUGUCGCCCCAUGUAGUGCCCACGCAGAUGACUAGGGACCUGUUUAAGCUUGAAGAUGGCGAUGAGUUUCCUAAUGUUUAUUCGCAUUUCAAAUGUGGAGAUAUUUUAAAGGCAGAAAAUAUAGCUGAAGCUGCUUUGUAUUUAGCAAGUGAUGCGUCGAGAUUUGUGAGUAGACAUGUGUUGAUGGAGGCUUCACUUCAGCAAACCAAGGUCUUUGUCCUACCAAUAAUAAAGUUGAAACGAAGAACUACUUGUUUCAGACUUCAAGUUCUUUCCUAAACUUGAUCAUGAAUUAUGUUCAUAAUUUUAUUUUUAUGGUGUGUCUCAAUUGAGCUAUUGAGAAAUAUUCUCAUGUUUAACAUUAUUAUAAGAAUGUGAAUUCUAAUAAUGUGAUUUAAUUUUUAGCUA